AUGACGUCUUCCACCUCGGACCCUCGUCGUGCUGCCCGCCUGCUGAAGGUGUUUCGGGAUGUCACCAAAGGGGGCAAAGCAAUCACCACAGCUGCAGAUGCCCGUCUGUUUCUCGAGGCCGUCCGGACAAACCCUUCGCCCGCUGCUUGCUUGGAAAUCAUUACGGCUAGCGAAAUUGCCAAGAACGCCAUCCGACACAGCAUCCGGAUCGACUUGUCGACCACCUUCGUUCGGGCCCACGUCAUCCCGUUCAUGGCGUACUUGACCGAUCCCGCGGUGAAGAUGAUGUACGACGGCGAGCUCCUUCGUCAGCUGUUGCUUAUCAUCGCCCAGCCGCCCGUUCUCUGGGACAACCUCUUGCACGUCUAUCGGGACUCCCGGCUGGCCGAAGAAGAGCUCUACGUGUUUGCCUGGCUCUGUCUCGAACUAGCGAGCCUCUCCGACAGCGAGCUCAACGGCAUUGUAGAUGACAUCUCCAUCGCUUUGGAGCAGUCGCCAUUGCAGAACGCUUCAGAUCACAGAACCCGCGAUCUCACGUACAAAAUCAAGAAAGUCCUCGAGCUCAGAUCGUCCAUCUCUCCCGACACAGGCUGCGAAGCAGCCGGUGGCCGUCAUGACAACGACUUCGUCAACUUCCGGGACAUCUCCGUCUUUCCCACAAGCGACGAGUUCUACUCGAGCGCGCCGCCAUUCUACCGACAAGCAGCCGAAGUCGCUGGCAUUGGCUUCGCACAACGACCACGGGCCCAUCUCGACAACCAGUUCCGACUCCUCCGCGAGGACAUGCUUGGAGAGCUUCGAGACGACCUGAAGGUAGCCACAGGGAGAAAGAAGAGCAAGAAGAUGGCCCAGAUCCUCACCGACUUGGCGUUCACGGGCAUCGAUACCGGCGAUGAUAAAAGAGGCCACUUCUGUGCCGUGCUUGUUGCGUGUAAGCAGGGAUUAGAGGCCCUGACGAGAGUGCCACUACCCAGGCGCCAGGCCUUUCUCAAUGAUUGCAGGAGCUUCCUUCGUCACCAGUCGUUCGGUGCCUUGUGUCGAGACGACAACAUCGUCGCCUUUGCCUUUCUACUCCGCGAUGUCGACGAGCUGCGCAAGGAGCCGCCGGUGCUCUCCCUGCAGUUUACCAGCAGCGAUGCCACUGGCAGAGCUCUGCUGGCCCUUCGUGCGCCCAAAGAUCUCAAGUUCAUUUUGGUCGAUACUCCGGUCUUUGCCUACCAGCCUGUCCUAGAACGCCUGCAAGACAUGGUCGAGAUGCCUCUCGGAGGGGAACUCCUUCGGCUCGAUGCCGACGACGAGGACGACCAGUCACUCGAUUCGUUGCAAUACGGUACUCUCGUACAGGUCCAGAUAGGACGGCUACGGCAGCUGCUGAAUGGCGAGUCGCGCAAGCUUGAUCUGUGUGACCGACGCCUUGAUCUCGACCAUUCUCAGAUCCGGGCUCUGCUACACACGUUGGAGAGCCCAGUGGCCCUCAUUCAAGGCCCUCCUGGAACCGGCAAGUCGUUUGUGGGCGCCCUGGCAGCCAAGGUGCUUCUGAUGGACCCCUCAACGCGCAUCCUGGUACUCAGCUAUACCAACCAUGCCCUCGACCAGUUCCUCGAGGAUCUCAUGAAAAUCGGCAUCUCGUCCAGUGAUAUGGUGCGGCUCGGCUCCAAGUCGACAGCAGAAACCGCCUUGUUGUCACUGGACGUGCAGCUGCGUGCAAGUAUCGACCGACGGAGUCCAGAGGCAUGGGAACUCAUCAACAACACGAAAGAAGAACUAACCAACAUCAGAGAAAAGAUCAACAGUGAAUGCAGCAGCCUCGUCCACGGAAGGGUAAGCUCGAUGGAGAUGCUGAGCUCUCUCGAGUUCUCCGACGAGGACGCGGCGUUCUACGAGGCUUUUCUUCUACCCGAACAAGACGAGGGCUUCGCGCUCGCGGGCAAAGACAAUAAAGCCAUGAAGCCCGACUACCUUCUCGAACGGUGGAUUCAGGGCCUUGAUGCCGGCGAGCUGCAUCAAUUCGUUCCAGCUAGAAGCAAGAGCAUCUGGGAGAUGCCCGAAGAUGAAAGGCGCAAGCACGCCCAAGGCUGGGCCGAGUCUCUGCAGAAAGAACGAAUCGAAGCGGCCGAGGGCCUGGUCAAGCGUUUCAAUGAGGCCCAAGAGAAGGUGAACACCCUGUACAACGAGAGGAAGUGUGCGUUCAUCAAGAAGAAGAAACUCAUCGGAUGUACCACCACCGCGGCCGCCAAGUACAAGUCGCUCAUCAAGGCCGCCCAGCCGGACGUCGUCCUCGUCGAGGAGGCCGGCGAGAUCCUCGAGGCUCACGUGCUGACUGCGCUGCACAGCAUGACCAGCCAGCUAAUCUUGAUCGGAGACCACAAGCAACUCCGGCCCAAGAUCAACAAUUUCGCACUGAGUGUGGAGAAGGGGGAUGGGUUCGAUCUCAACCGCUCGCUCUUUGAACGUAUGAUUCUCCAGGGCCAUCGACAUGUCACGCUCCAGAAGCAACAUCGCAUGCACCCCGAAAUCUCGGACCUUGUCCGACAUAUGACGUACCCUGACUUGCUGGACGAUCCCAAGACCGAGGCACGAAAGGCGCCCAAGGGACUGCAGAGCCGAGUCAGCUUCAUCAACCACAGUCACCCGGAGGAGGCAGCCAGCGAGAUCGCCGAACGCCGCGACGGCGGCCUUCCCGCAAGCAAACGGAACCACUUCGAGGCGGGGAUGGUCCUGAAGCUGGUCAAGUACCUGGGGCAGCAGGGCUAUGGCACGGAGAAUCUCGUCGUCCUCACGCCAUAUCUGGACCAGCUUCGACUGCUCCGGGACAUGCUGAGCCACGAGAACGACCCCUGGCUCAACGACCUGGACUCGUUCGAGCUCAUCCGUGCGGGGCUGAUGACGGCGGCGGCGGGCAAGGUGAAGCCUGAUUCGAGAGGGAUUCGGCUGUCGACCAUUGACAACUACCAGGGCGAAGAGAGCGAUAUCGUCAUCGUUUCACUGACACGAAGCAAUAAUAGCGGCGACAUUGGCUUCAUGAAGGCGCCAGAACGCCUGAACGUGCUGUGUUCCCGAGCAAGAGAGUGCCUCAUCCUGAUAGGGAACAUGGAGACCUUCAUGGCGUCUUCGCAGGGCCAGGCGAUCUGGCUGCCAUUCUUUAGCCUGCUCAAAGAAAAGGAGUACCUGCAAGAUGGCGUUGCCAUUCGCUGCCAACAGCAUCCCGAGAAGACGGCUUUGUUAACCAAACCCGAAGACUUCAACAUAAAAUGUCCCGAGGGAGGCUGCGACGAGAUCUGGUGA